UCUCUUAAAUUAUCGCGCAGCUCCCGCAGCGGAGCAUUAACUCCCCCCUCCGCUGAGUCGCCAGGGCGGCACUACAUCAAUAAACCGAGAAUUGAACGCGUACUUGCUCAGUUAUGAUGUUCUCUUAAUAGGUAAAACAUUUUUUUUACAAAAUAAAUCACUGAACAGCGUCGCUGACUCCUCUCGUUCAGCCUGUAGUUAGCUUAGCUCACUAACAUUCGCGACGUUUCGCAGGCGAGUAAAUGGGAUAGCUGUUCCUCGUUGCGUUUUACCGCAAGAGGCAGUUCUGCUGUCUGUCCGAGGCUGAGCCUGUCCAGUCCGCGUAUACAUCCCUGUUAGAGGGCGUCAUGGAGCCGCACGGGGCCGCGGGCUGCGUCAACAUCGGGACCUUAACGAGCACUCUGCCGGUGAUCCCCUACCAGAAGCUGACGGACCUGUACUACCUGAGCAGAGGGGGCUUCGGCACCGUCUUCAAGGCGCAGCACUCCGACUGGAGAACCACCGUGGCCAUCAAGUGCCUGAAGCUCGACUCGGUCGGAGAAAGAGAGAGGAAGUGCUUGCUGAAGGAGGCCGAGGUGCUCCACAAAGCCAGGUUUAACCACAUCAUCCAGAUUUUUGGCAUCUGCAACGAGCCCGAGUUCUUCUGCAUAGUGACAGAGUUCAUGAGCAACGGCUCUCUGGACCAGCUGCUGCACGAGAAGGAGCUGUACCCGGUCCUCGCCUGGCCUCUGCGCCUGAGGACUCUGUACGAGAUCGCCCUGGGGGUCAACUUCCUCCACAACAUGACCCCGCCUCUGUUGCAUCACGACCUGAAGACGCAGAACAUUCUGCUGGACGGAGAAUUUCAUGUGAAGAUCGCAGACUUUGGUCUGUCCAAGUGGCGGCAGCUGUCUGUGAGUAAAGGCUCCGGGUCCAAGCCCACUGAGAUGGAGGGCACCGUGAUCUACAUGCCCCCCGAGGAGUACGACCCAUCCAAGACCCGGCGGGCCGACGUGAAGCAUGACAUGUACAGCUACGCUAUCAUCAUGUGGGAGGUCUUGUCCAGGCAGAUUCCAUACGAAGAGGUGACCAACCCCAUGCAGAUCAUGUUCGGCGUGCUGCGCGGGAAGCGCCCCGACACCAGCCAGGACAGCCUGGCCGCCGACAUCCCCAGCAGAGACACGCUCAUCAGCCUGAUGACCAGCGGCUGGACCUCCAACCCCGACGAACGGCCCUCCUUCCUCACGUGUUUGAUCGAGCUGGAGCCGAUGGUGAGACGGUUCGACGAAAUUGACUUCCUGGAGGCUGUGCUGCAGAUCAAGAAGUCAAAGCUGAGUCGGAGUUCAGGCUGCUGCUCAGCUCAGCCUCCGAUGUGUAAGAAGAGCAACGAGGCCGCGUCUCUGAACGACCUGAAGGAGCCCGUCACCCCGUGGCCUUUGGGAGCCUCCCAGGCCUGCUGCUCUGGCUUAUACUCCCCCCAGGAAGAAAACGUCUCUCUACCCGGCGCGCUCAUCAGCACCAGUCCUGCUUCCUCUGAACAGAGCCUUCCCUCCUCCUUCAUCGCUCCUAACCUGGAGCAUCCGCAGUCUCUGAAAGAUCCCUGUGAGGUCAGCAUUCCCAACGGCUUCCAGAGCGCCAAACCCAUGAACGACUUGAACAUUCCCGUCACGCCCGCCAUGCCCACCAUGCCCACCGCAGAGGCUGGCGCAGCCAUGCAGAACCUCAGCCUGAAAGUCGAGCACUCUCCCCCCCUGCUCCAGUCCCCUCCCUCCCGGGGCCCCGUCGCCCACUGGAUCUCCACGCGGCGCGAGGACAUCGUCCUCCAGAUGACGGAGGCUUGUCUGAACCAGAGCCUGGACGCGCUGCUCGCCCGCUCCAUGCUGAUGCGCGAGGAUUACGAACUGGUGGUCAACCAGGCCACGCGCACCGCCAAGGUCCGCCAGCUGCUCGACAACUGCCACAAGCACGACGAGGACUUCUGCCGGAUCGUCGUGCGCAAGCUGGUGGAGAACAACCAGGGAGGGCUGAAGCCGUACCCGCCCGAGAUCGGCUCGCCCGUCUCAGCCGCCGUGCCCAGCGCGCCGCCCUUCUCCGCGUCCUACAGCAACUACAGGAACUUUUAGCAGCAGCAGCAGCAGGCGGGGGAAAGCAAACGGAAACUCUUCAGGUUGACGGCACGACACUACAGUUCACACUCCGUGGCUCUGGUCUCACCAUAUUCACCUCACUUCCUGGCCUGGGAAGGUCAGAAGGGAAGAGCUGGCUGAGCAGGAUCGGUUACCGGUACCAACCCAAUAUUCACGCUGAUAAUGAGAUGUUUUCAUGAAACCAAAAGGCUGUAAGACUGUAUCAGUGAUUGUAUUCAAAAUAGCUUUGACUGGUGAGGAUUCAGGUGGACUUAAAGUAGAGACGCACCGAUCCACUUUGUUCACUUCUGGUACCAAUAUCUGAGGUUUAGUAUUUGCCGAUUUGAUGAAGAAAAACAGCUGAAUUGUCUUAAAACGUUUUCAGGCUUCAUGUUUAGUUUGCAGCGCUGAUUCAGAGUUAUUUUGAUAACUCUGCAUCAGUGCAGCUCACUUAAAUACACAAACCGCUUCACAAGCUUUGGUCAAACAUGUAAAAACAACUUUCAUUUGUUCAGUCAGUGCAAUUAGGAGUAAAACAGUCAAUGUAAAAUAAAUACACUGACUGAAAGAAACUGAAACUGACAAAAACAAUAAGUUGACUACCUUAGUCAAACAACAAAUCUUCCUUCAAAUGGUUCAGAAAGUGAAAUCAGGAAUUCUAAAAAUAUUGUAAAAAAAAUUAUAACGCAUGAUGUCACUCAGAACACAAAAAAAAUGUAAUUAGACUGAAUAGAUCUGUCUUUAUAGAUCAGACACAUAGUCACAGAUGCGCGAUUUAGAAUUUCUUUCAAUAUCGGGACCAAUAUAUUGGAUCGGUGCAUCUGUAAUUACAGGGUUUAAUUAACAGCAGUACCAAAUGCUGUUUGAGUCUAACUCAGAGUGUGUACAGACCUCCUUGUUGGUUCUUAUUUAAUCAGAUCGAAGUAGCAGUCGUAUCUGAAGGUAGUAUUUAUUUCUCUGGGUUGUUCUUUGAGGUUUCAGUCCAGUUAGUAUUCGUCCCUCAGUCUCUCUCUGUGUGGGUUUAGUCUGGAAUACAGAGACUAAAUAGGUAGACAUGUUAUCAUAAGUUCAGAUUCAUCUUCAGUCAUUAUUGAUCUUGUAUUAUAAAACCCAGAAGAAGAGAUGUGUGUGUGAGAGUGAUGGAUGUAAAGAGUGGGCCAAGAUGAUCAGCCGUUAUCACAGAUCUAUAUUAUUGGAUUGGACAAUGCCUAUUAGCAGCUAUAGCUAGAAGCUAAAGCUAUUUUACAGAAAUUGGUUUAACCAACUUUGGUGAAGUUUUAGCCAAAGCUGGUUGCGGCGCACGAUAGCAAAGGGAAAAUGACGCUGAAAAACAACUCAAAACUACUUGUAUUCUGCUUUUCUCACACAUACCUGUUGCCAUAGUAACCAGCCAAAAACAGCUCCACUAGCAGACAGAGCAGAGAUUACUUUCAAGUGUAUGAGGAUCUACGCACUAAAAGAACGUGCAAACAUUAAACCACCCCAAAAAACAGGACAUUCAGCGAGUUACAGUUUUAUGUUUUCAGGCUUCAUGUUUAGUUUGCGAUUACUAAUAAGUGAUUAUGAGAACUGGCUCAUUUAAACUCCUGCUCUACUGAUGAUCUGUCAGACAUUAUCUGUGUGGAUCGCCUUAGUUUGACAUUAAAUGAACCAAAACACCCAAUUCCACAGCACAGCUACAUGUUAAGGUUUUCAAAGUCAAGCUAGCAUGACUGACCUACCUCCCACUUUCUCAAAAAAAAAAUGUUUUCAAUUAAAACUUGUUACUGACCUGUUAACUAGAUCUUGUUAUCUAGUAGCCAUUGUUUUGACAAUUAAUAGCAAAACAUUGCGGCUCUUUUUCAGAUUCUUUGAUUGAUUUAGUCAUUUUCCCGACUCAGUGCUUAGCAACGGUUCUUGUGUGUCGCACAAUAGAUGCUUGACGUCCAGUCCAGUAAUAUAUAUUAUCAACGGUCUUUUUUUUCUGGGGUUUUUUUGUUGUUUUUUUUGCCUCUCCUCACUCAGUAUUCUUAGAAUUAUGUAGCUUUGCACCUUUCUGAACUCCUCCAGAAUUAAUUUUUUUCUAAAAACUCCCAUAUUGAGAGGAUUAAUUAUUCCAAAAGUCACAUCUGAAGAAAGACCUCCUCACUCUCCAGGUAGCAAAAGCUAACCAAACUUCACUGUACAGGACGUCCGACUAAUACUGAACGUUUACUCUACUGUAGCAGCUCCAAACAGCAGCAACCUUUGUAAAUACAACAGAUUUCCCUCUGUUGGAAAGUGAUUAGGAGCAAUAAGCAGGAAUGUUCAGCAGCGUCAACUUCCUCUUUACAUGGAAAGCUGCAAUGCUUCUGCGAAAAUAUGGAAUUCCUUUUCAUAGACACUUUAUUUUUAUAUCAGGGCUGGUAAAAUAUUUUUUUUUAGACAAAUUUGCGAAUUUGAGUAAAGCUUUUGUGCAGCAAAAAAAAUAUCUUACUAUAGUAGAAAAGUCCAACCUUUAAUUUCAGCACACAAUGGGAAAUAAACAUCACCAUCCACAAGUUUGAAGAUGAAGUUACAGCAUUUAAUUUCCCUUUGGGAUAAACAAUCUUUUAUAUAUAUAUAUAUAUAUUUGAAUUCAAUAUUGGAAAUAAACUUGGAUCGCAAUUUAUAAGAUCUUAGAGGCCUGAAAGAGAUGCAUUGAUUUUCAAGGGAUUGUUAGGGAAACCAAGUCACUUUGUUGGAAAUUAUUUUCUUAAAAUUAAGAAAUUAAAGGUUGGAUUUUAAAAAUAUCAGAUUGAAUUUAUAUUAUAUAAUUUAUUUGAAAGUCUUUUCUUGACCAAAUGUUCCUGCUGCUGCAUCUUAUUUUAAAUGCAUUAAGAGAGGAGAAAAAUUGGAUCAUUUCCCAUGAUUUAUUAUGACCAUGAUGAUGAUGUCACCAAACGUUUUUUUUUUUUGUUUAAAUAUUCUGUUAUUGAAACAAUUGAACCUCCAAAAGUAAUAACAAUCCCAAUCAUGCCAUCAGGUUUCCAUCGCUUUCUCAUUAUUAUCAUGUAAUGACUCAUUCAGUCACACUGUGUGUUAGAGAGAGAAAUCGCUGUAAAACAUGACUACUUAGUUGACAUUUAAUGCCAAUAAUGUAAGAAUCUUCUAUAAUUAGUGUUUGCUACUGUAAGCAGCAGUCUGUGUGUGUUUCCUGGACAAUUCACUGUAAUCUGUUCACUUCCUGUUUUAUCCUUGUUUAAUCGUAGCAAAUAACACACGAGCUUCAAACGAUGUUUCAUUUUUAAUCAGCUCACUGAAAAAACAACAAAAACGGUAAACUUCCGAGUCUUCCUAUAGCUUCCCCACCGAAGUGUUGUCGUCACGGCAACCUGGUAGCGCUCCUGCGGGGAACAUGAUCUGGGAGGGAACAUGAUCGGUUGUCUCCCAGCAGCUGAUCAGCGGUUCGCCCCGAUCCGUUUCUGUAGAGCCCAGUUUGUUUGAACUAGACCAGAUUUCCCACCGCCAAAUAUCAUUUUUCAGUCCAUCUAAAAAAAAAAUUUUUCAAAAUACUUUAUAGCUUAAUGGUAUGAAGUUAAGCAACAAUUUGCACUUUUCGAACAUGAUGUGAUGUUUGGCCAUUGUUUUACUUUAAUCAAGGGCCUUACUGUCGUGAUUGAGGCCUUCGUUUUCUCCAACAGGUGCUUAAAUUCCAGUUACUGCUGGGGGAAUUUUCAACUUUCUUCCACACAUGCUGCCAUGACAGAAUAAAAAUCAUCCUGGUCACAUUUCUGGGAAUAAAUACACACAAUGUCUUCUUAUUUUGAUGCCAAGACUUGGUUAUUGCCCAGAUUUGAUCACAACACAUUAAAAAAAAAAGAUUACAAGGUGGCCCGUUCUUAAAAAGCAAUGUCACCCCCGAAUCAUUAUUAAAAUGCCAAGAUAAGGAGCAGGAGAGGUCCAUAUUCUUCCAUACGGUGGACAUGUGUUGCCUUGUCUUUGAAAACUGUGCCUCACGUUCUGCUUGUGGUCUCGACUCUAAUAAUAAAGUGAACAACGUGGAAAAGCUCUUCACACACAUAUCAAGCAAAGUCGAGGAAUAAAAUGUGACAAAUUUGAUGACUCGUAUAUGUUCUAUAUUUUAUACUGUAUGUGAUAACUGCAUUAUUUUAAGUAUUUGUGAAGUUUGUAUUUUUGUGAAAAGUGAGCAGGGUUGUCUUUUUGCAGAACUGACCUAAACUAGUUCAUCUCCGCGCUUGACGGUCAGGAAAUGUUUAGGUUGACGUGUAGCUGCAACUGCAACUGAGACGUUUUUUUCCAAUGCAAUAUCAUUUACUUAAUUCAAAUAAACAUUCUGUUUUUA